GGGAGUGUGGGAGUCAAAAACUGGUUCUGUUGUCAAGAUGGAUCACACUAAUCGAUAUUUUCGAAAGUUGAGGAGCACGGAUGCUCCUACCAUUAAAAUCUACUUUUAUACCAUAUAAAGCGACAAUUAUUACAUUCCAAAGAUAAUCAACAAUUUUUUAAUAAUUUUAUGUAAAUAAUAUCUGUAUACAUCUAAACUAUUCAGUUCCUACUUGUUAGUUAUGGUAGGUGUACAGUGAGGUUAUAAACAUAAUGAUCGUAUAAGCAUAUUUAUCUGAAUGAUAAACAAUACGAAAGAACAUGAAAACAAUAAGUUCUUUCACGAUAAUUUCCACCGAUCGUAAUACAGAAAAAGUUCGGCGGACUACGUGAAAUUCAAAUAAGUACAACGAUGAAAUCUGUGUACAAAUUGUUUUUUCUGUGCCUUAUCUUCAUCGUAUUGAUAAUACUGCUUAAUUUAACAACUUUUUCUAACAAAAUCUACGAUGCACCCACCAAAGAAGCUGUCGUUUCUACUACUGUUAAAAAGCUUCAACCACCAUCAAUAACAGGAGAAGUAACAAUCUGUGUGGUAGUUUGUGGAGACAGAGUGGAUGAAGCGCUAACUAUGCUCAAAUCUGCCCUAGUCUUUACAUGUAGAUCCUUACAGUUCAUUAUUCUGGCAGAAACCAGCCUAAUUCCUGCCUUUAAUGAGAAGUUAGCAGAAUGGAAGCUAUUAUCAAACAAAACAUUUGAUUUUGUUGUCAAGCCUAUUACAUUCCCCGAAGGCAGUGAUGCAGCUAUGUGGAAGAAGCUGUUCAAGCCUUGUGCAGCUCAACGAUUAUUUCUCCCGUCAGUGCUAAAUGAUAUAGAUGCUGUCCUCUACGUGGAUACAGACACAUUAUUCUUGGCUCCACCGGAAAAGAUCUGGGAUGAGUUCAAGAAGAUGAAUUCUAGCCAACUAGCAGCUCUGAGUCCAGAACAUGAAGAUCCUAACACAGGAUGGUACAACAGAUUUGCCAAACAUCCCUAUUAUGGAAAGCUCGGUGUGAAUUCUGGAGUGAUGUUAAUGAAUCUGACAAGAAUGAGAGAAUUCAGAUGGAUAGAGUAUGUGAUACCGAUUCACAAGGAAUAUAAAUUGAAGAUAACAUGGGGAGAUCAAGAUAUAAUAAACAUUAUAUUCCAUUACCAUCCUGAAAAAUUGUACGUCUACUCUUGCAGAUAUAAUUACAGGCCUGACCAUUGUAUGUACAUGCCUGUCUGCUCAAAAGCAGAGAAAGAAGGUGCUUUGGUCCUACAUGGUUCUAGAGGCACUUUUCAUUCUCAAAAGCAACCUCCUUUCAGAGCGAUUUACAGAGCCAUGCAAGAGUACCAAUUGAAUACAGAUCCCUAUGACUAUCUAUUGGUGCCAAUGAGAAACUAUUUAGCUUUGGAGCAUAAGUCAAACUGUGGUAAAGUGUGGGAAGUGUUUAUUACUCAGCCUGAGUCACAUUUAGGACAACAAUAAUAUUUAAGCAUUUCUUCUAUAUACAAAGAAUAAUUAAUAUAGUACUUCCUCUUCGACCUGCUACUGAAACAAAUUUUAAACUUGUACACAAUAUUUAAUAUACAGUAUAGUAUAAACAAUUCUAUUCAUACACAGACUGACUAUGUUCUAUAGUGCAUUCUGAUUUUAUUCGUUAACAAAUGCGCUGUGAUUGUUACUGUCUAACAUAAAAAAAGGAAAAGAACUAUGUUAUUAUAAUUAUUAGCUAAGAUCAUUUCGACAAUACUCUUUGAACAUAGCUUUGGAUCAAAUUUUUAGAACUACUUUGUAUACUUAAAACUCGAUGUAAAUUACUUUUACGAAAACUACCGUCGUUAAACGAGAUGUAUACCGUUCAGAAUCUUUUUACAAAAAUUUUAUACAAUUGCAUUGCCACCAAUGCAGAAGCGUUUUGUAUACUUGACUAUAAUUAUUUUGUUAUUCCGUAAUAUACGUUUUUGUGAUACUUCUCUUAUACGGAAUAAAAGGAAUCAUUCAAACUUAA